AUGAUGAACAUCUUUCGCAUUCUGGGCGACUUGUCGCAUCUGUUCUCCAUCCUGAUCCUGCUGCACAAGAUGAAGACGUCCAGUAGCGCAUCCGGCAUCUCGUUCAAGUCGCAAUUCCUCUACCUCGUCGUAUAUGUCACCCGAUACCUCGGUACGUCCUCCCGCCUCGAGAAACACACGAACCGCAUACUGAGCCCUUUCCUACANGACCUUCUUUGGAGAAACCCAUUCGAUAGCUUGUGGAACACGACUUUCAAGCUCGUCUUCAUUGGAACCUCUGCCUACAUCAUCUACUUGAUGCUCAACGACUACAAGCCCACCCACGAUCCCAACCUCGACACCUUCAGAGUUCAGUACCUGGUCGCAGGAAGUGCCGUCUUGGGCAUCCUAUUCCCCUACAAGUACCAAUUUACCGAGGUACCAACCACUCGGUCAACAUGUCUUCCCACUCUUCUGACNACAACGCAGAUGCUUUGGGCCUUUUCCAUCUGGCUGGAAGCUGUCGCCAUCCUUCCCCAGUUGUUCAUGCUCCAGAGAACCGGCGAGGCAGAGACCAUCACCACCCACUAUUUGUUCGCUCUGGGUGCUUACAGAGCCCUCUACAUCCCCAACUGGAUCUACCGCUGGAUCACUGAGAGCCACUUCGAGCCUAUUUCGGUCAUCGCAGGUCUUGUUCAGACCAUUCUGUACUCCGACUUCUUCUACAUCUACUACACCAAGUACGCUAUGGCCACCCAUUGUCUCGAGAGCGUUCGCUAA